AUGCAUGAGAACAGCAUCAUAAAUCAUGAUCAUCAUGGGCAGCAUACCAAUUCCCAAGCUUGUCUUGCAUACGCCAUCAAGACGCCACCAUCUGCGGCUGACUGGCUGGCCACUGAAACAUUUGCACUGGCCAAGCCAGCCGGGCCUGCAACUUACAUUAACAACUCCCUCAAAUUUCACGGUAAUGUACCAUGGGAAGCAGACAUUGUCACCCUACGCAUUGCCUUAUUGUGA